CGGCCUCAAAGUUUGCGGCGGGCGGGCGGGCGCGGAGCCUCCAAGAUGCCGUUCCACCCGGUGACGGCGGCGUUGAUGUACCGGGGCAUCUACACCGUGCCCAACCUGCUGUCGGAGCAGCGCCCGGUGGAUAUCCCUGAGGACGAGCUAGAGGAGAUCCGAGAGGCCUUCAAGGUAUUCGACCGCGAUGGCAACGGUUUCAUCUCUAAGCAGGAGCUGGGAACGGCCAUGCGCUCCCUGGGCUACAUGCCCAACGAGGUGGAGCUGGAAGUUAUCAUCCAGCGGCUAGACAUGGAUGGUGAUGGCCAAGUGGACUUUGAGGAGUUUGUAACACUCCUGGGACCCAAGCUUUCCACCUCGGGGAUCCCAGAGAAGUUCCAUGGCACUGACUUUGACACAGUCUUCUGGAAGUGUGACAUGCAGAAGCUGACAGUGGAUGAGCUGAAGCGACUUCUCUAUGACACCUUCUGCGAGCACUUGUCCAUGAAGGACAUAGAGAACAUCAUCAUGACAGAAGAGGAGAGCCACCUGGGCACUGCUGAGGAGUGUCCUGUGGAUGUGGAGACCUGUUCCAACCAGCAGAUCCGCCAGACGUGCGUGCGUAAGAGCCUGAUCUGCGCCUUUGCCAUCGCCUUCAUCAUCAGUGUCAUGCUCAUCGCGGCCAACCAGGUGCUGCGCAGCGGCAUGAAAUAGACACCGCGCGGGUGCCUGCAGCGCCCACUCCACACCUACUGCUGCCUGCCGCCCUUCCCCCAGCUUGCUCCCUGGGCCACCACCCCUGGGCAUUUCAAGCCUGGACAUUGACCACCCCAUUCCUCACCCCAUAGGCCUUGCAUGGAGCCAUGACCCAGCUGUGGAGGACCUGGUGGUGGCUUUGAGGUCAGCCCUAGCCCCUAUACCCUGCCUGUGCCCUCACCUGGCCUGUGUGUAGUGUUCACUUCCCACCACUCAGGAGCUCCUGGAAAAGGAGGGACUUGCACAGGAGCCCCCAGGAUCCAGUUAGUGCUGUGAUCUUUUAGGCAGGCAAGGAACUCAUGUCCAGAACACUGGGCAGGGUGGAGGUGGGCACAGGGCUGAGUCUCUGACACUCCUUAGACCCAAAAGCCAGUCCUCCAUGCACCUUCUGGGGCCUGUGCCUGCCCAUUUCACAAGUGAGAAGUCUGAGGCUUUUAAGGGCCUGAGAUCUGGCUUCAGAUUCUUCUUCCACAGGGCUUUUCAGGAAAGGCAGAUGCUCAUGAAAGAUGGGGCAUGAGAGAUAGCCCCAAGGCCCAUGAAUUUCUGAGCCAUCCACCAAAGGCUUAGAGACAAGGGCCGAAUUCUCCUAGCACAGAACCUAGAAGCCCAACUGAGGAAAGAAGCAGAGAUCCUGUAGCCCAUGUGACUCCCCACUGGCCAGGGUGUAACCUUGGAAGGCCCUGAGCCACUCCCUAGGGAUCGGAGUCCCCUGAGGGUCUGCCACAGCCCUGCACUGUCAGUGGCCACAGACCACUCUUUCCAGGGCCUUCCCUCUUGGGGGCCCCACUUCUCUGUACCCUCCAGGCUGGAGAUCCAGCUUCAUGCUUGCUCCACCUGUGUCACGCCAUUUCCUGGCACCAGCUCAGCUUGGGCAGAUGCAAGCCUUCAGCUCUUCAGGGGCCGAGACUGUUGGCAGUCCUCAGCUCCCUUCCCCAGCCUGGGGCCACUUACUAGCUGGGCUGCCGCCACACUGGCAUACACUGUGCCCAGCCUGGCUGAGCCUUUAUUGAUCCCUAAGCACCCUAGAGGGGACACUGUCUCAUUCCAGCCCACCUGUCCCCUGAUGGAGGCAGGGGGACAGAGUCAAGAGCAUGAGAACCAGCAAGAGAGACAGGCAAGCCAUU